CACGGUCGAAUUUUGACGACACUCACGGAAGUAGUCCACUCUCCGCCUGUAAUGUUUUGAAGCGUUGGCUACCAUGGCUCUGCCAGUUAGUAUAGGAGCUUUUUUACAGUCGGAGAUCAUAGAGGACCCUCUAUACAAAGAUGAGGGUGUUUGUGUUUUGGGAAUAUUUGGAAAAAGCGCAAUGCAACCCGGAUCCCCCAAAGAAUCACUCCUCAACACCCUAGCCGACAAGCACAUUUUCUCUCUGUUCGGACCGGGUGACGCGGAUAACCAGGAGGACAGUGGAGCCGUGAUCCAGGCGUAUUAUAAUCAGGAAAGCCGCGUAUUAUAUCUCGUCCUGACUUCAGUGUUUGAUAAUCGACAGCUUCUCAAAGCAUGUGAGAAUUUGUGCGCGGGUGUCGGACACGCAGAAGCUCACGAGUUGUGGAAGGGAGCGGAGAAGCAGCACUGCAUGCAGUUGCUCUACCUCUUCUCUCUGUGCCACGUUCUUCUGCUCAUACACCCCACCUGCUCAUUUGAUGUCACUUAUGAUAAACUGUUCCGCGCUUUGGACGCACUUCGUCAAAAGGUACUACCACUACUAAGGGCUACUUUGAAAGACUCGCCCGUAUCAAAAGAAUGGAAGAUGAACUGUCGCCCGUGUCCGCCCCGUUUGUUGUUCGUGUUCCAGAUGAACGGCACACUCCGGGUGAGUGGUUCUGGAAGUGGGAACGGCGUCGACGGUUCUGGAGGAAACUCAGACAAGCCCAAAAAGCACUCUCCGCGAAGACGCCUGCAGCACGCGCUUGAGGAUCAAAUUUAUAGAAUAUUUCGUAAAAGUCGAGUGCUCACCAAUCAAAGCAGCAACUGUCUUUUUACAGUACCUGCUAACCAAGCAUUUGUGUACGUCGUUCCUGGACCCGACGAAGACCCAAUCGGUGCGCUGCUGGCUCAGUUGCGGUCCAACUGCGCCUUACGGGACAAUGACACGAGCACUCCAGCACCGGGUCCACGGCGCUACAACCAGAUGCGCCACUCGUCUAGACAGCCCUCUUUCAACGUGGAGAACACGAACCUCUCCUCCGGGGGUCAGCUGGUGGACUGCACUUUGAAGGAGUUUCUGUGGCAGCACGUGGAGUUGGUGUUGACCAAGAAAGGCUUCGAUGACAGCGUGGGUCGCAACCCCCAGCCCUCACACUUCGAGCUGCCCACCUACUCCAGAUGGGCGCAGGUGGCCUUCCGUCUUCACCAGGUGAUGAUGAGCAACACCGAGGAGGAAACGGCCGAGAUCGCCAUCAAGGUGCAGGCGCAGCUGAAGGUGCUGGAGGGGUUCCUGGACGCCGAGGCCAAGUUCUCGGAGAACCGGUGCCAGAAGGCGCUUCCGCUGGCCCACAGCGCGUACCAGUCCAACCUGCCGCACAACUACACCACCGCGGUGCACAAGAACCAGCUGGCCGCGGCCCUGCGCGUCUACAGCCAGCACGCACGAGGCAUCGCCUUCCAGCGCUACGCCCGCCAGCUGCACGAGGACUGCUACGCCUUCUGGAGCAACGGACACCAGCUGUGCGAGGAGCGCAGCCUCACCGACCAGCACUGCGUGCACAAGUUCCACCUGCUGCCCAAGACAGGAGAAAAGCCGGAGUUGGACCACAACCCUCCAAUCAUGCAGCACAACAGCAGGGGGCGCUCUACCAGCGCCUGCAACUGCGGGAGGAAGCAGAGUCCUCGGGAGGACCCCUUCGACAUCCAGGCCGCCAACUACGACUUCUACCAGAUGCUGGAGGAGAAGUGCUGUGGGAAGCUGGAGCGGAUCCAGUUCCCCGUGUUCCAGGCCAGCACGCCUGACCCGGCGCCGGCCAGCGACGACACCAGAAGCAGAAGCAGAACCCCGGAGCCAGUAGCGCCCCCCGCUGGGGAGGAGGGGGCGGAGCAGCUGAAGGAGAAGGAGGGCGGCGUGAGCGUGAGCCACACACACACGCCGGGCGACAGCACGGGCCUGAGCUUGGCGCUGAGUCUGGGUCAGUCCACCGACAGCCUGGGCCCCUACGGGGACGGCACCGAGGGCCCGGAGAAGAGGCCCAGCCUGGUGGACCGCCAGCCCUCCACCGUGGAGUACCUGCCCGGCAUGCUGCACUCCGGCUGCCCCAAGGGCCUGCUGCCCAAGUUCUCCAGCUGGGCUCUGGUCAAGCUCGGCCCCGCCAAGUCCUACAACCCGCACACGGGCCUGGAGCAGCCCGGCUUCCUGCCCGGCUCCCACUUCCUGCUGCCGUGGGACGUGGUCAUCCGCUGCCGGCCGGAGGAGGACGCGGGCGGCGUCGGGGAGCCGCUGGACGGUAGCGUAGCGUCCUCGUCCUCGUGGCCGGCCCCCAACAAGGCGCUGGGGGGCAAGCGCGGGGGGGCGGGGUACCUGUGGCGCGGGCGUCGUCGUGACGACGUGGCGCGGGCGUUCGUGGGCUUCGAGUACGAGGACAGCAGGGGCCGGCGCUUCCUCAGCUCGGCGCCCGAGAAGGUGGUGAAGGUGCUGGGGCCGGGCGGCGCCAAGGAGACGGCCUCGCGGGCGCUCAGCUGCGACAUGCCGCUCUACGUCCCCUCGCCCGCGCAGGGCCGCGGCCUCAAGCCGCACUACGCCCAGCUGGCACGCCUCUUCAUCGUGGUGCCCGACGCCCCUCUGGAGCUCACGCUCAGCCCGCAGGUGCAGCCUGGGCCGGCCCCGUGUCCGGUGUUCCACCCCGAGCAGCCGGAGGUGGUUCUAGCGCCGGACAGCGUGUGGGUUCUGCGGUUCCCCUACGCCUACGUGACGGAACGCGGGCCCUGCUACCCGCCCAAGGAGAACCAGCCGCUGGCCAGCCACAGGGUUCUGAGGGGCAUCCUCCGCGCCAACACAGCCAGCCCCCCACCGCCGCAAUGAGCCUGUGCCCCAUCACCAUGGCAACACCAUGCCAACACAGCCCCAACACAGCCACAAUGAGCCUGUGCCCCAUCACCAUGGCAACACCAUGCCAACACAGCCCCAACACAGCCACAAUG